AGUUGAACUGUUCUUGAUGGACUGAUCUGAGGGGCUAAAGGAUAUAGAAAACCAACACAAGAAUUUGGAUGAUAAUGGAGAACAUUUCCUGGAAUGAAACAGGAGAGGAGUUCAGAUAUAGACCACCUUUUCAAAGACAGAUCGUGCCCACACAGAUAGUUAUGCCAUUAAUACAAGGACUUAUAGGAGUCAUAGGUGUGGUUGGCAAUUCAAUGGUUGUGUAUGUACUAUGUACUCGACUGAAACAAAGAGGGAAUAUGAAUGUCUUAUUGAUGAAUUUGGCAAUUGCAGACUUUUUCUUUAUCAUAUUUUGUGUUCCAGUCAAUGCUUCUUAUCAUGCCUUAUAUGAAUGGCCAUUUGGGGAAGCUUUCUGUAAAAUCACGCAUUAUGUGAAGAACAUUACAGCAUAUGUGUCAAUAUACUCUCUUUGUGCAGUGUCUAUAACUCGUUAUUUGACAGUUGUAAAAUCAGCGAAGUCAUCCCACUUAAGGACAAAGAGAAGUGCAAUAAUUUCUGCAGUGUUACUUUGGUUGAUUAUUGCCACAGCAAACAUCCCUGUUAUGAAAAUAUACUUCACAAUAACAAUGAGACUUGAUCGUUUCACCUCAAAAACAAUAUGUUCAUAUCAGAAGAAUUCAAAAGAUAUGGAAAUUCUUACAGCAACAUUUUUCACAAUGUCUUAUGCAAUUCCUGUGAUAAUAAUCUGUCUGACUCAUAUCUUGAUUCUCGUCCACAUAACAAAGAACAGUUCAAAUAUCACGGCUUCAUCCAUCCAAAGACGUAAGAAUGCAAGCCGGAUAAUAAUAGGUACGACAAUUGCAUUUGCAAUUUGCUGGCUACCAAUGAAUAUUCUUAUGAUGAUGGUGCAUUGCUUUAAAAUGGAAAGGAAAGGGUUCAUGAUACCAGCUUUGAUAGCAGAAUGCAUGUCUUAUGCAAACUCUUGUACGAAUCCAAUUGUUUAUAACUUUGUGUCAAAGGACUUCCGAACAGCCCUUGGACAAAGUAUUGGAUUGUGUUCCCACAUACAAUUACCAACAAACGAGCCUUCACACACGGGGACACUAACAACAAAAGUAGCAUCUAGUAAAAAUGGUGAAUCAGUUUGUUGAGAGACAAUGUUUGAGGACUUACAUGGCUAAAUGAAAUAAACCGUUUGCCAUACAUAAAGAGACAGUAUCACAACAUUGAUGUCUAAUCCUAGUUGUUAGGCCAUCCACAACCAUAUUAUAAGAAGCUUUUGUAGUGAAUUUGAAUAUUUGUAAGUGUUAUGAACAUGAAAAUACCACAAACCCAUAUAUGCUUUUACAUGUGGUCCAUAAUUGGAGUACUUGAAAAUUGAAAAAUACAUUAAUGGGACCGUAAAGAUAUACCUUUUACAUUAACCUAAAGUAAUCAAGAAUAUUAUUAGGGUAUUAAUUAUACCUAGAAUAUUUCAAACCAUUUCAAACUGUCAAUCCUUCAAUUCAGUAUCGUGUUAGAUGUUGAUAUGUAAUUAGUAACUUUGUUGUAUCUAGAUCAUCAAAUAUGUUACAUAGUACCAAUGUAAGUAUUAUAAAUGUAAUUGCAUUCUCAGUAUAAUAAAGAUAUUAAUAAA